UCUCCCCUCCGUCACGCUGUCGCCCGAUCGAUUAUCCAUCAACCUACGCCAUCUCUCUCUCCCAGUCCAGUGACGAAAACAAAUAGAAACGAAAAAAAAAAAAGGAAAAGGACGAGACCAGGGAGAUUCCUCGUUCGCAGAUUGCUUUCUCCUUACACGCACACAUCCGUGGGGCAGAACUCGCUUCCUUUCAAUCUUUCUCUCUCCUCCCUGGCGUCUCCUGGCUCGCUCCGCAUCGCCGUUGCUUUUUCCCACCCUCUCUCGUUCAGCGCUUGCUGUGGGAAGUCAAACUUGGUUCCAUCAAUGAGCCAGUUUGAUAGAUCUAAGCAGUGCUAUGACUAGGUAAUGAAGGGUUUUCCCGAGAAGGUUGUUACUUCAAACUUCUGUCUAAAAGCGCCUACCAAGUCGUCAACUACUGCUGUAACGCCUGAUUGUUCAGAGCAAAGUCCCAGUGAACGCAAGUUAUCGAGGGUAUCCUUGUGGUCGAGCUUCUUUUCGUCUGCUUUCUCGGUCUUUGAGUCACAUCGUGAAUCAUCAACUUGUGAAAAGAAGGGAGUUCAUCACAGAGGUAAUGGUUGGACAUCAGCUGUAAAGAAAGUUGUGGCUGGUGGUUCAAUGAGGAGACUCCACGAGCGGGUACUAGGAUCAACCAAAAUUGGGAUACCUACCCAAACCAGUGAUAUAUGGCUGCUGGGUACUUGCUAUAAGAUUUCAGCUGAUUGUCCUGCAGAAGCAGAAGCUACAAGCAAUAUUUUAGCUGAAUUUACACAUGAUUUCUCUUCUAGAAUCCUAGUUACAUAUAGGAAAGGUUUUGAUGCUAUCGGAGAUUCAAAAUUGACAAGUGAUGUAGGCUGGGGUUGCAUGGUUCGGAGCAGCCAGAUGUUGAUUGCUCAAGCAUUGCUUUGUCAUCAAUUUGGGAGAUCUUGGAGAAGAAGUUCGGUUAAGCCACAAGAUCAAGACUAUAUCACAAUCUUGCAUCUUUUUGGCGAUUCAGAGGCGUCACCAUUCUCUAUCCACAAUCUUCUUCUAGCUGGAAAGGCUUAUGGCCUUGCAGCUGGAUCAUGGGUAGGGCCAUAUGCUAUGUGCCGGUCCUGGGAAACUCUAGUCCGCUCAAAGAGAGAGGAAACAGUCCAUGAGCUCCACCCAUUUCCUAUGGCUCUUUAUGUUGUUUCUGGAGAUGAAAAUGGGGAGCGAGGUGGAGCCCCAGUUGUCUGCAUUGAAGAUGUCCAUAGAAGUUGUUUAGAAUUUUCUAAAGGACAGGUAGACUGGACCCCGAUUAUUCUAUUAGUUCCCCUGGUCCUUGGACUUGACAAAGUAAACCCCAGGUAUAUUCCAUCUCUCCAGGCGACAUUCACCUUUCCUCAAAGCCUUGGCAUUUUAGGCGGAAAGCCCGGUGCUUCAACGUACAUAGUUGGUGUGCAAGACGACAAUGCAUUUUAUCUCGAUCCACAUGAAGUUCAACAGGUAAGUGACAACUAAGAAUGGAGUUUCCUUCAUAUGAGUUUCCACUUUCCAGCGCUGAUGGACACUAUGAGAAAUGUUUUGUAUAUGCAUCUGUUGCUUGUAAAAGUCUAAUGAAGUUCCAUCUCUCAUUUAGUUCCAGAUUGUUAUCCUUUCACUAUUUCACUCUGUAGAGAAUUACAGUUCUGUUGUCAGCGCCGUCCCUGUAAAGCACUUCCUUUUAGUUGAUUUCCCUUUCCCUUGAUAUCCAUACCCAACUAAGGACCCUUCAUUAGUAAUUGAGCUUGUGAAAUAUCUUUAUUAGCACUAUAUAUAUUGUCCCAUUUCCACCCGACCCUCCAACCCACCUUUUCUUUCUUGUCCUUGAUGCCUAGUAUAACUCUCGGAGAGAGUUAGUUCUGAUGAUAUUGGUGGGUGAAGGUUUUCCGUCUUUUCCCCCUUGUCCUUUCCUGUUUCGGUACGCUUAUUGCCAUCGAAGUAAACGGUUCCUUUUUCUGAUGGAUUUCAGUUGCACCUCUAUUAAAGUUAUCGUUAGUUUUAAAGAUUAGUGCAUAAUUGUACUGAGAAAGCUCUUGGUUCUUCAGGUAGUCCACAUCAGCAAAGAUGAUCUGGAGGCUGAUUCAUCAUCAUACCAUUCCAAUGUCAUACGGCAUAUUCCCCUGGAAUCAAUCGAUCCCUCGCUUGCAAUCGGGUUCUACUGCCGAGACAAAGACGACUUCGACGAGUUCUGUUCCUUGGCAUCCAAGCUAGCCGAAGAAUCGAAUGGCGCACCGUUAUUCACCGUCGCCGUGUCCCACAAGAAAACGUUCGUCAGCAGCAGCGAUGCGUAUCAAGAAGAGGAUGGUGCCGACGAGGGACAUGAUGGGGACGAAUGGCAGCUGCUCUAACUCCACUCUGUUAGCUCCUGUACAUUUGCUUAGACAUUUGUAUCCGUACGAGUGGGCAGUGGCAGUGGCAGUCAGCAGUUGUAUUUACACAUUUCCUUAGCCUGAUGGUUGCAAUUUGAAUUGGCCUUGUUAUUGGAGUUUGCUGAUGGAAGAAGUUUGUAGAUAUGUUGUUGGUUUGGCCUCCAUUAGCUUUCCUUUUUCAAGUAUGUAACUAUGUAUCCAUUAGCGGGUUAAUACCCUAGUUUGGCCUGAAGUUUA